AUGCCGACGGUCCAGCUACGGAAGAAUGCGACGAUCGCAACGGUCAGAUUCGGUGGAAACGAGCCGACGAACACGAUCGGGAUCACAACAGUCAUUACCCCGAUUGGAGAAGUCGUUUUCCACGUUAUCAAUAUGUCAACGCCCUUCUUGCUAUGCCUCAAGGAUAUGGACCGUCUCGGUGCCUAUCUCAACAACGUCACGAACGAAUUGAUCUGCGGCGAUAAGAGGAUUCCGAUCAUCAAGGCAGACGCACCGCGCAGGUUCAAAUUCACGUUAAAGGAUAACUGCGAUUUCAACUACGAAUUGAUCGUCGAUGUAAUGCAUCUUGACAGCCGAGACGUGGAAGCACUCAAAUUGUGUUGGAUUGACACAUACCUAGGCCCUCCAGAUGUUAUCACGCACGACGCUGCUGAGUCGUUGCUUCAAAUGGCCUUCAAAUCCGUCAAUGAUACCGCCGGACCUGACGGUCUAGUGCCCACACUACUAGUCUUUGAGGUCACAGUUGAGCUAGACAACGGGCCAGCUAAAUUUCGCAGCACGGCUGUCCAGCCCUACUUUCGCCACCCGGAUUCGCAGCAGCAACGAAGUCACGAUGUUCUACAGCAGCCACACGCUGACAAUCAGACUGCUGACAAUCAGGCUGAUAGCAUCAACGUUGAGACCGAAGUGCCUAAGCCAUUCGAAUAUCCCGAGCCGGAGAGACCACGCAGACGCGGCAGACCAAGAAAACCCUUUUCGUUACCUCGAUCUCAAUUUUCACCCGCUAAUAUGUUUCUAUCGCAUAAGGAGUGCGCCGCCCUCGACCUUGCCGUAAAGUUACGUGCAGAGAAGAAAAUCACUACCGCCGGACGACCGUUUGAAGCCUCUGAUGACCUCGAAAUCACGAACCUGCUAGGCGCAGGCGUCAUCGUGCCCGAACGAUACGAUAUGAAUAAGCAUGGAAAACACAGGCUAUUCAAGUCACGAAUGGUCCGGGAGGUCAAAGGAUAUGGUGACGACGAGAAGCAGAUCAACGUCACGACCGCAGAGACCAACGCGGAUACCGCACUUCAGGUUAAUGCCUUCGGCGUUGCCGCGCUUCAGACUGAUGAUACGUUAUUGGUAGGCACAACAACAUUCCUGCAACGUGAAGACCGCGAGCUAUGCUUCCAAGCCAAGCCAAAGAAGACCCUACGAGAAGGCGAUACCUGUGAUUUCAACGGCAGCCUCAUUGCUCUAGAGAAGGGCUAUCUUCUAGUCAUGCAGAAAGGUCAGGUCAACAACCUCAAAAUUAUCGAUCUAUCCACGGAAGAUCGGGCCCAACGAUACGUGGAACAACGUGCCCAUCCAACCGCGGAGGAUUUUCAGGCGUUGAAUAAACGGAUCCAAUGGCAGAUCGACAAUCCACAAAGAGGCCUUCGAUUCGUCCCAAUAGGUCUAGAAGCAGCAAAGGUCUUCGUCUUCACAGACGGAUCAUUCGCCAACAACAAGGACUUAAGCUCUCAGAUCGGAUUCGUUAUAAUCAUUGCAACCGAGACUAACUCGACGAAGUAUUCGUACAGCCUGUACGAGUGCCUAGUGAAGCUUGGCACCACCACGGAGAAACGUCUGAUGAUCGAUAUCAUGGCGUUGAGACAGGCCUACGAACAACGCGAAAUCACCAACAUCCGCUGGAUCAACGGAGCGGAUAACCCGGCCGAUGCAAUGACGAAGCUAUCUCAAACGGGGCCUUAA